GCCCAUACUGAAAAAGAAGAAGACUACUGGGACUCUGUACUCUGGAGUGAUGAGAUCAAGAAAAAUAUUUUUGCAAAUUGAUGACUUCAAAACUGUAUGGUGUCGCAAAGGUGAGGAGUACCAAGAAAAAUGCAUGGUGCCUACAGUGAAACAUUGUGAUGGCAGUGUCCUCCUGUGGGCCUGCAGUGCUGCUGGUGUCGGGGAGCUGCAUUUCAUUGAUGGUAUCAUGACUUCACAGAUGUACUGCUCUAUGUUGAAAGAAAAGUUUUCCAUCAUGAAAAUGACCCAAAACACACAUUUAAGGCCACUGUUGCAUUUCUGA